AUGAACUCAAACCAAAUCGAAGUGGAGUCCGGCACGCUGAAAAUCUUCACAAGAGCCUUGAUCAAGGAACAGAAAUAUGAGGAAGCUCUGGAUUUCCUGAGAAACAGCGUGGGGAAAACCCAGGUUCUCAAUCAAACUCGAAUCUUUGAUGACUUAAUUCAGGGAUACUCCCGAAAUAAGAAUGAUCCUGAAAAGGGUCUGAUGGUAUUGCGAGAUGCUUUGGGUCUUGAUGGUAUAGUGCCCUCUUCUUUUACAUUCUGUUCUUUGAUUUAUGGUUUUAGCUCUCAGGGGAAGAUGGAUAGAGUCAUUGAAGUGUUGGAAUUAAUGACUUCCGGGAAAUGUAGCUACCCUUUUGAUAACUUUGUAUGUAGUUCUGUAAUUAAUGGUUUUUUGAGAAUCGGGAAGCCUGAACUCGCUAUCGAGUUUUAUGAGAAUGCUGUAAGUUCAGAUGCUUUGAAGGCUAAUGUUGUUACAUAUACUGUGCUUUUGAGUGCUUAUUUUAUGCUUGGUAGGAUAGAUCAGGUCUCUUACAUGGUGUCUAGGAUGUACAAAGAUGGAUUGUCAUUUGAUGUUGUAUUUUACAGUAGUUGGAUUUGUGGCUAUUUUAGAGAGGGGAUGGUUGAGGAAGCAUUUCGAAAAUACGGAGAGAUGCUAGGUAGAAAAACUAAGAUGGAUACCGUUGCUUAUACUGUUCUUAUAGAUGGGAUUUCAAAGGACGGAAAUGUAGAGAAAACCGCUGGCCUUUUUAGCAGGAUGUUAAAGAGUGGAUUGAAACCAAAUAUAGUUACUUUUACUGCAUUGAUGUUAGGUUUUUGCAGGAAAGGCAAGUUGCAAGAAGCUCUUGCUCUGUUCAAGAUGAUUGGAGGUUUUGGCAUUGAGGUGGAUGAAUUCUCAUAUGCGGUAUUGAUUGAUGGAUUUUGCCGGAGGGCUGAUUUUGAUGCUGUUUUUCAGCUGCUUGAUGAGAUGGAUAUGGACGGAAUAAAGCCUAGUGUUGUUACAUAUAAUAUAGUCAUUAAUGGGCUGUGCAAAGCAGGAAGGAUUUCUGAUGCUAAUGAUUUUUCAAAGGGUAUUGUUGGUGAUAUUUUCACUUAUAGUACAUUGUUACAUGGCUAUGUCACUGAAGGAAACACUGCAGGAAUGGUGGAAAUGAAAAAGAGAUUUGAAGCGGCUGGAAUUGGUAUGGAUAUUGUUAUGUGCAAUGUACUUAUAAAAGCACUGUUUAUGAUGGGCUUAUUUGAGGAUGCUUAUGCAAUUUACAAGGGAAUGCCAGAAAUGGGCUUGACUGCAACUUCCAUUACUUAUUGCACAAUGGUUCAUGGAUACUCUAAAGAAGGAAGGUUUUAUGAAGCAUUUGAGAUACUCGAUGACAUUCAGGGGCCAUCAGAACCUAUAGCCUCAUGCUAUGAAAGUAUUAUUAAUGGUCUCUGUCAGAAGGAUAUGAUCGAUAUGGCUAUUGAGGUGUUUCUGGAACUGGUUGCAAGGGGCUUGCCAUUAAAGAAGAUACUGUAUAGGAGGUUAUUCAAUAUGACGUAUAAUGCUAAAGGUGCUUCUGGAGUCUAUUCUCUGAUUGACAGGAUGAAAGAUAUUGAUAGUGAAGCAUUUGGGAAAUUAGGUAACUAUGCUAUCAGCUUUCUGUGCCAGAAGAAUUAUUCUACCAUAAUAUUGGAUUUGUUACUGUUGAUGAUAACGAACAAGUCAUUUGUUAUCAGUGAAUCAUACUUCUUAAUCUUGAAGAAUCUUUUGCGAGAUGGCGAAAGCAUGUUUGCUCGGAUAAUCCUCAAUAUGUACCUUAAGCAAUAUGGCAUCGCUGAAUCAAGAGUAAUUAAAGUAAUAAUAAACUUCUUGUGCUUGAAGGAUGUGAAGAGUGCCCUUAAAUUUAUCAAAAACUUGAACCAAAACUCGUCCGGUACCAUUUCUGUGGUUGCUGUUCUUCAGACCCUUCAAAGAUAUGGUAGAACUCUGGAAGCGUAUGAGCUUCUUAGAGAAGCCAAAAAAGAUUUGUUGGAUACAGAUUUGUUGAUUUACUCAAGCAUAAUAAUCGACCUCUGCAAGGAAGGGCAUCUUGAUAAGGCCUUGGAGCUCUGUGGUUCUGACAGAGCAAAGAGCAUUUGUCUUAACAUUGCUUCCUAUAAUGCAAUCAUGAAUGAGCUACUUCAUCAAGGAUGUCUUGUCGAAGCUCUGAGAUUGUUCGAUUCAAUGGUAAAAAUUAACAAGUUACCUUCCGAAACCAUGUUUGCUAUGCUUAUAAAUUCACUAUCCAAAGAAGGUCGUUUAGCUGAUGCCAGGAUGAUGUUAGACGAUAUGUCUGAUAAUAACGUGAAGCCCAAUAUUCGUAUUUAUAACUCUUUGAUUUAUGGUUAUUGCAAGUUUGGUCAAAUGCAAAAAGCUUUGCAGCUGAUCCGUGAUCUGGAUGCUGUAGACAUCAAGCCUGAUCAGUUCACCAAGAGUAUUAUAAUCUAUGGAUAUUGUCAGAGAGGUGACAUUGAAGGAGCGCUGGAGUUCUUCUCUGAGUUUAAGUCGAAGGACAUAUCUCCUGAUUUCCUUGGAUUUAUGUAUUUGAUAAGAGGCCUUAUUGCUAAAGGAAGGAUGGAAGAAUCUCAAAGUAUUCUAAGACAGAUGCUUCAAAGCCAAUCUGUUAUUGAUAUUCUGAGUGGCCUUGAUACUGGUAAUGAGAUGGAUUCUGUUCAUAGGUUCCUUGUUAGUUUGUGUGAGAGAGGAAGUAUACAAGAAGCUGUUUCCAUCCUUGAUGAAGUUGGAGCUGUAUGCUUUCCUGUUAGAAGGCGAUUCGGUGGUACUGAUAUACAUGAAAAACAGGAGUUACCUGAUAUGAAUUUGGAAGAAACAAGCAAAUCAGACAUUUUAAAUUUUAGUUUUGACGCUAGUACACCUGCAGUGUGCAAUGAUGAUAAGACACUAGAAACUAUUUGUAAGCCUACUGAUGAGAAAGUGUCGAAAUCCCAAAACUUUGACUCUUCAUAUGCAUAUGUAGCAUCGCUAUGUGCAAAAGGAGAAAUCAGCAAGGCCAACGAACUGGUGAAUAUGAUCUCUGGCUUUUUGGGCUCCUCUAUCUCUUCGUACUGCACAUUGAACAUGUUACCUGAACAACUACUUUUUGGACUGUUGUUGGACAGGUGUAGAAAUGAUGUUGAUGAUGAUGGCUCUGCCUUUGCUGAUCUAACUUGGAUUAUCAUGGAACCUGUUUGGCUUCUUCAACUCAACAUAAUUUGGAUUCUUGCAGAAGACCUUUCAGCCUGUGCAAAUGUAGGUGAGAUUUGCUCUUCUCAGCAGCAACAAAGAAUGGUCGACAUAUGUGCUCAUUUCAGGGUUUUAUUGGUGAGUGAAGUCAUAGAUUCCGGGUCAGCAUACAUUUUCUUGUUUCCUGACGAUUCUGAUCCAGCUGAUGGUGCUAUUGGCUUGACCCAAUAUCACGGUGCUUGUAACCUUAGGCUGCUUCUCUCAUCUCUUCAGCUCGAGUAA